AUGGCCGUCAUCUGCGUCGUAGGCUGCUGGUACCACGUCUACAUCGGGUACGAGAAUACAUUUGGCUACGAGACGUGGCUGUAUGCGACUAUCGCGGUAUGGUUCUUCGAUCGGGUUGUGCGGCUCGCUCGGAUCCUCAAGACGGGUGUUCGGCGUGCGACGGUUACUGAGAUUGGGGACAGUAGUGGUAGUGGCGGUGGUAUCGUCCGCGUCAAUGUACCUAGAUCUCUGUUGGAGAUGACGGCAAUGCCCAAGAAAACUUUCGUCUCUGUUCGUCAUGUCAUAUCUAUUGCCUAUACGUGA